GUUCGUCACUAAAAAGCCCUUGGCUCAGUCAGUACUUGAUAUAGGUGCGUAAAGUGAAGAAUUUGACUGUGCUGUUGAUUCUAGAACAACAAGUUGCCCUCUAGUAUUUUUCAAAAUAAGGACAUUAAACUGAUUUAGCUCGACAAGACUGAGAUGUUACAGUUUAGGGCUUCAAUUGUGCUCAAGGAGUUGAUUCAAACCAGCCCUAAGCGUUCGUUCUCUGACAUUAUAAGGCACAAAAAGACUUCACCAAACGCGUACUGCUUCAGCGCUGCAUAUCGGGAUGACAGAAUUUUUAAAUUAAAGAUUGUCUACAAUGGAAGACCUUUUAUUCAGCCUUUAGCUGGGAGAAGAUUUCUGUGUACAAAGACCGAUGGUGCGAUUGAACCUACAGAGCCAGUGAAGAAAGAUGAGACCGUCCAGGAAGCGACGGCAGAUAAGAGAAGGAAGGCUGGCAUUCUGCCCAGCUUGGAGGACCUGCUGUUUUACAGUAUUGCCGAAGGCCAGGAGAGGAUCCCAGCUCACAAAUUCAUUACUGCACUGAAAGCCACUGGACUUCGAACGGGAGAUCCACGGCUGAAAGAAUGUAUGGACAUGUUGAAAGUCACCCUCAAAUCCACGGCAGAUGGCGUAAUGCUGGACCGACAUCUGUUCAAAAAGUGUGUCCAGAGCAACAUUGUUCUCCUAACCCAGGCCUUCCGGAAAAAGUUUGUCAUCCCUGAUUUCCAGACUUUCGCCUCCCACAUCGAUACACUUUAUGAGAAAGGCCGUAAUCUUUCCGGGGGCCUGGUUGCUGACUACAUUCCCCAACUUGCCAAAUUCAGCCCAGAUCUGUGGGCCGUUUCCCUUUGCACAGUAGAUGGACAAAGACACACAGUGGGUGACACUAAAGUGCCAUUUUGCCUCCAGUCGUGCGUGAAGCCGCUCAAGUACGCUAUUGCCGUGCACGACCACGGCACUGAAUAUGUGCACCGGUUCAUUGGGAAAGAACCCAGUGGCUUACGCUUCAACAAGCUCUUCCUGGAUGAGGACGAUAAACCCCAUAACCCAAUGGUGAAUGCUGGUGCAAUCGUGUGUACCUCUCUUAUUAAGCAAAGAGCUGGCAAUGCUGAGAAGUUUGAUUAUGUCAUGAACUUCUUGAAGAAGAUGGCGGGAAAUGAAUAUGUUGGUUUCAGCAAUGCCACAUUCCAGUCGGAGCGUGAGUCAGGAGACAGGAAUUUCGCUAUCGGCUACUACCUGAAAGAAAAGAAGUGCUUUCCAGAUGGCACAGACAUGACUGCUGUUCUGGACUUCUACUUUCAGCUGUGCUCCAUUGAGGUAACUUGUGAGAGUGCUAGCGUCAUGGCUGCCACGCUGGCAAACGGAGGCUUCUGUCCAAUCACAGGCGAGCGUGUGCUGAGCCCCGAGGCCGUGCGAAACACCCUCAGCCUCAUGCACUCCUGCGGCAUGUAUGACUUCUCUGGACAGUUUGCCUUCCAUGUGGGCCUUCCAGCCAAGUCAGGUGUGGCUGGAGGUAUUCUGCUGGUUGUGCCCAAUGUGAUGGGCAUUAUGUGCUGGUCUCCGCCAUUAGACAAACUUGGAAACAGUGUCAGGGGCAUCCAGUUCUGCACGGAUCUGGUGUCCUUGUUCAACUUUCACAACUAUGACAACCUGAGGCACUUUGCCAAGAAGCUCGAUCCUCGCCGAGAGGGAGGAGACCAGCGGGUGAAAUCUGUCAUCAACCUCCUCUUUGCUGCCUACACAGGAGAUGUGUCUGCUCUGAGAAGGUUCGCACUGUCGUCCAUGGACAUGGAGCAACGGGACUAUGACUCCAGGACAGCGCUUCACGUAGCAGCCGCUGAGGGACAUGUUGAAGUUGUGCGGUUUCUGCUAGAGGCCUGCAAGGUGAAUCCUGGUCCCAAGGACAGGUGGGGCAACACACCGAUUGAUGAGGCGACACACUUCGGUCAUCAUGAGGUGCUCACGCUUCUACAGGAGUACAGCAGUAAGUACAGCCCAGCGGUCAAUCCUGUCGCAGAUAAAGAGACCACCGAAAAAAACCUGGAUGGGAUGCUGGAGACGUAACCAUUCCCACCACUAGAGGACACUCUUCUGGAGCCUUCAUUGAAGGACUGGAUCUUCACAAAAGCAUUGCGCUGUUUUUGUCAACAUGUGUAACUUUUUUUUUGUAUGUUUGUCAUUAUCUAUAGUAGUUUUUGUAUGCUUUAGUCAGACAUUUUUAGCUUGUUCUCAACUUCCUCCUCCCAAGUCAGGGUGUGAGUAGUGAUGAUGUCUGUAUUCAGUGGUUUGAAACGCUAAUUACUGUACUUCUUUCGUGCAAGUGAAGAGUGAUUGAGGUGUGGAUGUGAAUGAUAAAAUAAAUGCCAUUGUUUCCCUGAGGGCAAACGGUUAAACAUUUAUACAGUAUAGAUUUGAUACCAAACAAUCCUGUUUAGUAACGCCGAUCAAAGAGGAAACGUUCAGGACGGAUCUGGCACGGUUCCGCAAAAUCACUUACGACUUUAUAUAAAAGCUUUUGAACAACAUAUGGCCUAUUCCAAAGUCAGCAUGAAACCGGUAGUUGCGAUUGUCUUUUUCUUCCCUGUUGUGACGUAUACCGCGAUCUCAUGUGACAGGUUGAUUAUUUUAGUGAUACUGACCAGCGAUAUCCUGCUUAUUACAUGUCUACUCACUACAUACAGUACGUUGACCAAUCAGAAUGAAGUAUUCCACCGGGCUGUGUAGUAAUACAAAAUAGUGCAUAAUGCAAAACAAUGUGUCCUGCGUAAAAAAAGAGGGAUUUAUUUUCAUAAUAUAUAAACAUGCAUGCACUCCUAGUACUGUAGAUAACUCUUUAUUAUUAUUAUUUCAUUAUAGCACAUUAUUUAAACAUUUUAACCACUGCCAAAAUCAUGUUAUUUAUGUUAGUCUAUAUUUAUUCUUCAAUGUAUGCACAACCAUAUUUUAAUAUUAGCAUGCAGGUCCCCUGGAUUUUGAGAAAGUACACAAUGUUGCAAUCUCAAAAAUAAUAAAAAAAAAAUUAAAAAAAAAAAAUCCCAUUAUAAAUUAUAUUUAGCCUAUAUCCACACCAGCUUGUUGUAUACUAUUAAAACUAUUUUAUAAGUACUCGUGUAUGAAUAAAAGACACCAUGCAUUUGUGCAAACAUCUGAAUUGAUGAAGUUCUUGUAAUUGAUGAAGUGUAUGUGUAGUUUCUAAAGACAUUUGUUAUAUCAGUGGAAAUAUGAUGUCAAACCCGUUGACUCGGACCAAACACUUAAAGAAAUGAAAAGUUCAUGUCAAAGUAAAUGAAUGUAAACUAUUUUAAAGACACUUUAACUCUCUUCAGUAUUCACUAGAUACAAUCGGAUUGAAGCAAAUCUUUUUUUUUUUCUGAUUUAUAUUACAUUGUAUCUGGCUGACUAAAGUUGGUGUGUGUACAUGUACACAUAAAGCAAUGGUAUAUAAAGAUUUAGCUUUGAUGUGCAAUAAUUAAUAAAAUCUGUUGGUAAAUAAAA